AUGCUCAGACAAUCAUUCACUCUCCUCAGAACUGCCAGGCCAUCGGCCAUGCUACUAAGAACCAAUGUCAGCCAAAUCCGUGGCAAACAGUCUAUUGUAGACAGUGCCAAAGAGACCUUGGAUAAUCUCAACAAGAAGAUUGGAAAAGCGGCGGCGGCUGGUCUUGAAAGUGCCGAGCAUGUUGCCCAUAAGACCUCGGAUGCCGCCUCUGAGGUGGCCUCGAAGGCCCAAGAGCAUGGUGCUAAUGCCGAAAAGAGUGUCAAGGAAGCAGCCUCAGAUGUAGCUUCCAAGGCCGAAGAGGGUAGAGAGUCAUUCAAAGAUGCAGCCUCUGCCACUGCCAAUGCCGCUAAUGGGUUUACUAACGAGCACACUGACAAUGUCAAGAACAACUUCAAGGGAUACAGCUCUUUGCAAGAUAAGGGCUCGAAGGUCGAAAGCGAGCAGAACAGAGCUGACGACGCUGUUGGUCCUGGUCCUGGUCCUGCCUGA